AUGUCACUAACGAGUAAAGAACUAAAUUACCUAAUAUGGCGAUAUUUUCAAGAAACUGGUUAUGAUUUAACAGCAUAUACAUUUGAUAGACAAUCACAAUGUCUGAAAUAUGAAAAUAAUUUAAAUGAUGAAAUAAUAGACAAAAUAGAACCAGGAUGUCUAAUAGAUUUAGUUCAAAAGGGCAUACUAUAUACUAUAGCAGAAACUGAAGCUAAAAAUGAUAAUGAUUAUACUCUACUAGGAGCAUUAGUACAAAAAGAUUUAGAAGAUUCAAAUUUAAAAUAUCAAAUUAAAGAAAAUGGAAAUAAUGUAAAUGAGCAUGAAAAUGAAAUACAUAAAGAGGAGAAAGAAGAAGAAGAUGUCAAAAUGGAUGAUAUACCGACUGAAGAACCACUAGAAGUUAAAACCAUUGUACCUGAAAUAACGUUCCCACCAAGUCUAACAUGUGACUGGCAUCCAUCAAGUGAAGCAUUUGCAUAUGGGAAAUCAGAUGGAAAUGCAAUAAUAACAGCAAUAAAAGAUGGCCAACUAGUUGAAUCAGUAGAAAUAUCACAUCCAAGUUUAUUAAAUAUUAAAAACGAAAUAAAUUUUGUAUCAUGGUCACCAAUGGGGAAUUUAUUAAUUACAGCAGGAGCAUUUGGAGAAUUGCGAGCUUGGUCACCUGAUGGAAGAUUGAAAAAUAUAGCAAAUACAAUGGAAGAAUUAAAUCAAGUUAAAACAAAUAUUAUAACAAAUAUUUUAUGGAGUCAACUGGGUAAAUUUGUUGUUACAAUAGAUAGUGAAAAUCAAAUUACAAUAUGGGAUGGAUUAACUUUGUCUUUAGUACGGCAAAUAAAAAAUGAAAAUGAAAAUGAUUCAACUAAUGCAAUACUGACUGCAUGUUGGUUAGGUGAUGAUAAAUUUGCAAUCAGUUCUUCUUUAAAUCAUGAUAUAAAAUUAUAUGACAUUAAAAAACCACCUUCUGGUAAAAAUUUUGAAUUUCAAUAUAUUGGAACUUUAGUUGGUCAUCUGAAUAAUAUAACAUUGAUGAAAUUAAACCCUGUAUCAAAACUACUAGCUACUUGUUCAGAUUUUGAUUAUCAAAUAAGAAUAUGGAAUAGUUCAUCAACUCAACCAAGUUUGGACUUAAAUAUAAAAACAGAAUCUAAUAAAAUACAUAGCUCACCAAUAAUAGAAUUGAACUGGUUACCUUAUGUUGACAAGAAUUAUUUAUUAUCAAUUUCAAUGGAAGGUAUAUUAAAUAUAUGGGAUGGAGAAUCUGGAGAAGCUUUAAAAUCUUGUGAAAUUUUCAAAGAUAAGGUAUUUGAUCAGGAUAGAGAUAUGUUAGUAUUCAAUUCAUCAGUUUCACCAAACGGUAAAUUGUUAGCUGUUGGUGAUGAUUAUGGUAAAAUUUCAAUUUGGGAUUUAAAUUUUGAGAAUUAUACAAAUCAAGAUAAAUCAUAUAUCAAAUGUUUAGCAACUUAUACACCGGAAAUAAAAGAAGAAACAGAAGAAGAAAAACAACCAUCUGUUGGAUUAUGUGAUUUAAAAUGGGAUCAUGAAUCUAAAAAAUUAAUUGGCUCGUAUAUUGGAUUAGAUAGUGUUGUAAUAUAUAGUACAUAG